AACUGAGAGAGUUGUGUGAAUUACCGCAGCACGGUGGGCGCUUCUCAGCCGCAGCUCCUCUAGAGCAAAACCAAAGCGCGUUUCUUUAGUCAACACUGAGAUUUAUUCCUUUUUUUAUUGCGUCCUAGGAGGCGAAAAUCUCAAGACGUGUUUCGGAUAACCGUUGUUUUUUUUUUUUUUUUUGGGUGAAGAGUGUGUUUAUGGUUUGGACUGAAGAUCUCACCAUGUCUCGUACCGACGAGGUCCACCGCGUUACGGAGAAUGUCUACAAGACCAUCAUGGAGCAGUUCAACCCCUGCUUGCGGAACUUUGUUGCCAUGGGGAAGAACUACGAGAAAGCUCUCUCCACUGUGACGUUCGCAGCCAAGGGCUACUUCGACGCUCUGGUGAGGAUGGGCGAGCUUGCCAGCGAGAGCCAGGGAUCCAAAGACCUCGGGGACGUGCUCUUUCAGAUGGCCGAGGUCCACCGGCAGAUACAAGUGCAGCUCGAGGAAAUGCUGAAGUGCUUCCACACUGAGCUGCUUUCAGAGCUGGAGAAGAAAGUGGAUCUGGAUGCCAGAUACCUGACUGCGGCUCUGAAGAAGUACCAGAUCGAGCACAAGAGCAAAGGCGAGAGCCUGGAGAAAUGUCAGGCUGAGCUGAAGAAACUGCGUAGGAAGAGCCAGGGCAGCAAGAACCCAUCCAAAUACAAUGACAAGGAGCUGCAGUAUGUGGAUACCAUUAGCACUAAACAGAAUGAACUGGAUACCUUCAUCGCAGAGGGCUACAAAACCGCUCUGUCAGAGGAGCGCAGGAGAUACUGCUUCCUGGUGGACCGUCAGUGCGCCGUGGCCAAGAACAGUAGUGCCUACCAUGGAAAGGGCAAGGAUCUGCUUACCCAGAAGAUCCCAGUGUGGCAGCAAUCCUGCUCAGAUCCCAACAAGCUUCCAGAAAGGGCCAUGGUGCUGGUGCAGCAGAUGGUCUCCGGUUCUAACCCGCUUCUUACCAGCCCACUGCACUCCUCUAAAGGCAACCUGGUCAUCUCAGACCCAAUCCCCGGCGCUCAACCUCUGCCUGUGCCCCCUGAACUGGCAGCCCUUAUGGGCCACCCAGGGAGGCUGAUGGGGCCUGAUGGCAUGUCUUUGGUCAAUGGGACAACUGGAAUGCAAGGAGAGGAGUACUGGGCUGAAGGGGGUGUGUCUCAGGGAAGACCCGCCUCCCCACAGCCUCAAUCCCAGACUCAGCCACAGAGGCAGGUCAGCGAGGUUUACUCCAACACCCUGCCUGUCCGCAGACCCCAGCCCGCUAAGAGCAAGGCCACCGUGGGAGAGACACGAACUCUGCCCAGGUCCAGCUCCAUGGCGGCCGGACUGGAGAAGAACGGGCGCUCGCGUGUCCAAGCUAUCUUCUCUCAUGCUGCUGGUGACAACGGUACACUCCUCAGCUUUACCGAGGGUGACAUUAUUACACUGCUGGUGCCUGAGGCUCGGGAUGGUUGGCAUUAUGGAGAGAACGAGAAGAACAAGAUGAGAGGCUGGUUCCCCUUUUCCUACACACGAGUCUUACCUGAGAGCGACAGUGACAAGCUGCGAGUGAAUCUACACCACGGGAAGAGCAGCAGCACGGGGAACCUGUUGGAGAGAGACGACACGUCUCUGCCCGUGCCUGACUACGGUCUGACCGCCCGUCUGCUGGCUCAGAGCCUCACACAGAACCGCCCACGUCCCUACAGCAUGGCUGGCUUCACACAGCCAGCGAUUGAGGAUUAUGACAGUCGUUUUGCCACAAGUUCCGAUGGCAAAUUGAUUUCGACAGUGUGAACACAGACAGGCUAUCAGACACAGACACAACUCCGGAUAGCACAGGGGUUGCACCCCUUCCUUCCCAGUUUCCUCCUCUAGCCUUUUUCCUACCCCCUACCCCCCUCCCCCCAUCCCCCCACCCCACCCCAAAAAAAAAAAAAAAACAAUCCUAACACGUGCCUCCACGCACCCCUCCUUCAGUGGAAGAAGGCCGCUCUCAUCCCUCCUUUCUGUCCUCUCUUCCUCCCCUGCGUGUUGUCGCCGGGGGCCAUAGUGCCGGUGGCGUAUGGUGGGUCGGGGGGGAAUCUGACAGAGAGAGCCAGAGGGCGCUCCAUCUGCUCGCCUCGCACCUUUACAGACACUGAGCUGCUCUUCGCCUUUCCCGCUGCCGCCGUGGACUUCUCCAAAUGGACUCCUCUCCCAUGCAUGUGCACAAGUUCUGCAACUGUUGUGUUUCUAUGAUGAUGAAGAUUUUUUUUUUUUUUUUUUUUUUAAGGACAUCAUCAUGUAAAAGUGCCAAAAGCUAUGUCGAUAUUUUCAAGCAGCGCUCCUUCCAUUAAAGACAUGUGCCGUUUGUCCUUUUCUUUACGCUGUGGACUGGCACUAUUGAAACUCGCGCUCGCCGCAGAGCCUUGUAAUCUCUUUAUGGUUCAGUUGUGCGGCGUGGUUUUUUUUUGUUUUGUUUUUUCCUCUGUGUUUUGUAGAGCGUUGUGUGCUUCCACCGUGUCUUUAAGCAGCGCGACGUGCAGCCCAGAGGGUGUGUCACUUUUAACAUUGUGGGUUCGAUUUACAUUGUUCUCGCUUCUCCGUUAUUAUUUCUGAAAGAUCCCAAAUCAUCGAAGAAGAUAUACAUUCCAAGUAGGACCAAAACCGGUAGGCCGACAUAAGGCAAUGUAAAAUAACAAUCUAGAACAGCAUGAGUAAUAAAACCAUGCUACCAACACAUAAUAAAGCGAAAUUUUAGAAGAAAAUCAAACUAAUUAUAUUUACACCUGGUUGUUGUAUCAGUGUCUUGUAUCAUUCCAAACCCAGCUCCAGUUAUCCACGUUGUAAUGUAAUUGCUCUGGCGCAAAAGAUCCCGGGAAUAUUCCCUGUCCUGCGUAUUUUAUUGUUUUUCCCUGCCCUGACAUUUAAAUAAUCAGAUCAUUAGCAGUUCCUUCAGUUAAAAUCUGUGUUAUAGGACAGAAGAAUGUUCAAAUGUAUAGGACAGGGGAUACUCAGAGUUUAAAAGCUGCUAGUGACCAGCAUUUAAUAUUCAAAUCAGCUUAUUGUACAUGACCACAUGCUUCCAAUGCCCUACCUUGUUUCCAAUUCCAGUUUUACAAUGCGUGUUGUACACAAUGCAUCAGGAAAAAGGAUUUUGGUCCGAGUUUAAAGAGUAGUUGGAGAUUAUUACUUAGUGAAAGUGUGUUCUGAUUUGUGCAGUUAAACUGUAGCUGCAACUGCAAUCUCCACAUAUUGGAAUAGCAAUCUUUCUAUUGGAGUCUUAAUUCUUUAUCAUGUUCUUAUCGGAAUAAACAGUGGUAAACAUUUAGGAGUUGAAUGAAAUUCAUUACUUUUUCAUGUAUCUGUACUUUACUGAAGUGUUUCCAUUUGGGGAGACUUUUACUGUAACCACUACAUUUCAAAAUCAAAUAUUUUACUUUUUGCUCAGCUACAUUUUGUAAAAGCAGUCGUUUCUUUUUGUUAAUGAGUGAAUAAAACUGGCCAAACACUCAGCAGGCCACCAAUCAGUUUUGAGAUCAUGCUCUGUUAUUAACUUUUUUUAUGAUUGGUGCUUGGAGGCAUCUACUUAUCUCCAACAUGCAGUUCAGCAUCAGUUCAACAGCAAGCAGAACACUUGAGAGGAAUAAAUGAUGGAAGAAACUCCAGACUUGAACUCACCCCAACAACUUGUGCAAUUCUUUUUUUUAUUAUUUUUUUUAAGUAGUUGAAAAGAAGGUUUUGGGCUCAUAACCAUUAAUUAAUUUAAUAGAUAUCAGCAUUUCUCUUAUUAGGUUCCCUGGUGGUCUAAUGCUUAGGAUGCUGCGCUCUCAACCCUGUGGCAUGGGGUCGAUCCCCGGUCAGGGAACCAACCCCACCCAUUAGGGUUGCACAAGCCGUAGUGCCGGUCCCAAGCCCGGUUAAAUGGGGAGGGUUAUGUUAGGAAGGGCAUCCAGCGUAAAAACGUGCCAAA